AUGUACAGUAAAACUAACAACUAUCAAAAAUAUGUUUGUGAACCAGAACAAAAUAUAAAUGCGAAUAUAUUAUCAUGUUAUUCAUCGUGUUGUGGAGAUUCUAUAAGAUCAGUAUGUAAGUGUGAUGUAUCAACUAAUAAAUGUUGUAAAUCUACUCAAGUACAAAAUGGUAAUUAUUGUAAUUCUAGUAAACAUCAAAUUUAUGAUUAUACAGGAACUACACAAAAAUGUAUUGUUUCGAAUUGUACAGAAUAUCUUGUCAGAUACAGAUGUCUUAUAAAUAGAUGCAAUGAAAUAAGUAAGAAUAAAUAUUAUGAAUAUACUUCCAGUGUAGGAUAA